UAAGUGUUUUCGGGUGUGAGCGCAUAAGUAGGUCUCGGAAAAUGAUGUCCGAGGUCAAAUGGACGAUCGGUAUCCUGUUGGUGCUGGUCGGAAUUGCAACAGGACAAUACGGUUCGUGUGACUACACGUACAAUUAUGCCAGCGGUCAAACGAGCUUCAUAGAGUCGCCGAACUUUUCAAAUUACUAUACUCCGGGUACGAAGUGUCGCUACACAGUGAAUGCUCCCGUCGGGCACACACUUUACGUGCAGUGUUACGAUAUGUACCUACCGUCCAGUACCGGGUGCUAUUACGACAAACUAUCUAUCUCUCUGAGUGGUGACUCCACGCUUGCGGAUGCGCAACAGCGCUGCGGAACGACCACGUUCAACGUGCAGACGUCGUAUAAUAAGCUCGUCGUAGCUUUGCUCGGCAGUACCAGCACAAGUGGUGGCCGUUUCCGGUGCCAGAUAACGGCGCAAAAGAUUCCCUGUGACUGUGGUCGACGCAAAACGCCUACGAUCGUGGGAGGAUUUCCCACCAAAGCGAACGAGUAUCCGAUGAUGGCGGGGAUGGUGAAUAUCCCCACGAAAGACAUCUUCUGUGGUUCUACCAUCGUAACCGAUCGGUUCGUAUUGACAGCUGCUCACUGUUUGCUGGACAGAACAAUUCCAAAUACGGGCGUCCUGGUUGGAGAUCAGAACGUAAAAAUAGGAACUGACACUAGCUACUCGGUUCUGAUGCUCGUAUCAUCGUUUGUGCCUCAUCCGAGUUACAAUCCGACUGCGAAGGAAAAUGAUAUCGCACUAGUGCGUACUACCAACACGAUCGUGUUCAAUCCAGGUGUUGGUCGAGUUUGUCUACCAUUCCGCUACAGCACAUCACUUUUCGCGGGUGUCCGCGUCAACGCACUUGGCUGGGGAACGACCGAUUUCGGAGCGCCAAAGUCAAGCGAGCUCCUCCAGACGACGUUGACCGUGAUCCAGAGCAGCACAUGCUCGACACAGCUGAAGCGGACGAUCGCAGCCUCACAAAUGUGCUCAUAUGCGGCUGGUAAUGACACGUGUCAGUACGAUUCAGGUGGUCCACUGUACUACACGGAUCCUAGCACACAGCUGGUCUAUGAAGUAGGUAUAGUAGGCUCUGGAGUAGCCUGCGCAACUGCUCUUCCCAGUCUCAACAUGAGGGUCACUUCGUUCCUGGAUUGGAUCAAGACCAAUACAGGAUACACGUUUUGUGAGUAAUAGAGACUGUAGGAGUGUUAAAUGGAUAUAGACUUAGAUAUGAUGACGGAAUACGUUAUUGUACUUGUUGGUAAAUUCGAAAACAAACCUGGUGUUUUUCUUUUUUGAGUUUUUCUUUCUGACCAGAGAAAUUUAGAAUGCUACGAUGUAGGAACACGAAGGUCACUACCACUCAAUCUUAGGCAUAACCUUUCUUAU